AAACGAGAGGAGGAGUGGAUGAAAGGAGGAGGAGUGGAGGACAGGAAAAAACCAAAACACUCAGCGCUGUUCGCCAUGUUGUGUUCAGCACACACGAGAGAAUCUGAAGGUUUAUUCCAGCGGACACACAACGUUUAAACACAGAAACGGAGCUGAAAUGAUCAUCUGAUCCUGAUUCGGAUUUCACGGAGGAAUAUAUGUUUAUCCGACACUCUGUGUAUUUGAUUUAUUUCAGAUGUUGCUUUUUUCGGAUGUCAGUAGCCUGUGUUUAAUCCCUGAGCUGGAUUUAUAUUUCUGUGUUCUGGAAUGAAGAUGACUGUGAUUAUAUAAAAUCUUCAAAUGCAUUCAAAUCAUUUUUUUUAAGAACCAGGAGAUCAUAUCGGGAUGCUUUUGAACUUGAACCAUGAAUUGGAAUUUUCCCCAUGCAUAUGAACUGAGUGAUCGAUACUGAUCGAUAUUAGUGCACAAGCUUCAGGACCCGAGCUGUCACUUUAUAACACAGUAUGAUUGUAUUAAUCUUUGAUGUUUCAUCUAUGCACGUGACGCACUGACCUCCACUCUGAGGAUUUGUCAAAUCUCUCAAACACUAAACCUCUCUUACAGACUUGGACAUUGAUCCGGACCUGUUUGCUCACAAAUAAAUGCUUUUGGCAAUAUUAAAACAUUAAUUUUAGAGAGAGCGGAUUAUCAGAUUGGGUGUUGCUUGGAUUUUAUUUUUUUAUUGCAGAACAAGAAUCUGCAUUGAAAAUGAGGACAGACACCAAACUGGCCUUGGCCAUAUUCCUCGUAUCCUGUUCAUCAGGUGCGAUUCUCGGGCGCUCAGAGACGCAGGAGUGUGCGUUUUACAAUGCCAACUGGGAGAAGGACCGCACGAACCAGAGCGGCGUGGAAUCAUGUCACGCAGAGAAAGACAAACGACGACACUGUUUCUCCACCUGGAAGAACCGCUCCGGAGCCGUGGAGAUGGUGAAGCAGGGCUGCUGGCUGGACGACGUCAACUGCUACGACAGAAGCGAGUGUGUGGAGCAUAAGGAGGAUCCAGACGUAUUCUUCUGCUGCUGCGAGGGAAACAUGUGCAACGAGAAGUUUCACCACAGUCCAGAGCUGAUUCAGAUCACGUCGAGCCCCGUUCCUCCGAAGCCGGACGUGUUACCCACGCUGCUCUACUCUCUGAUCCCCGUCAUGGCUGUCGCUGUCAUCCUCUUCCUCUCGUUCUGGAUGUACCGGCAUCUGAAGCUGUCGUACCCGCCGAUGCUCGUGCCGUCACAGGACCCGUGUCUGAUGCCUCCUUCUCCGUUGUUGGGUCAGAAGCCGCUGCAGCUGCUGGAGCUGAAAGCUCGUGGACGCUUCGGCUGCGUCUGGAAAGCUCAGCUGCUGCACGAACACGUGGCUGUAAAGAUCUUCCCGGUGCAGAAUAAACAAUCGUGGCAGAAUGAAUAUGAGAUGUAUAGUUUGAGUGGAAUGAAACAUGAAAAUAUCCUUCACUUCAUCGCGGCAGAAAAAAGAGGGAAUGGAGUCGACAUCGAGCUCUGGCUCAUCACAGCAUACCAUGAGAAGGGCUCGCUGACAGACUUCCUGAAGGCGAACGUCGUGUCGUGGAAUGAGUUGUGUCUGAUAGCGCAGACGUUUGUGCGCGGUUUGGCGUAUUUACACGAGGACAUUCCCAACCUGAAGGACGGACACAAGCCUGCCGUUGCUCACCGAGAUAUCAAGAGUAAGAAUGUGUUACUGAAGCAUGAUUUAACUGCAUGUAUUGCUGACUUUGGUCUGUCACUGAAGUUUGAAGCAGGGAAAUCUACAGGUGACACACACGGACAGGUGGGGACGCGGCGGUACAUGGCUCCGGAGGUGCUGGAGGGGGCCAUCAGUUUCCAGCGCGAUUCCUUCCUGAGGAUCGACAUGUACGCCGCGGGUCUGGUGCUGUGGGAACUGGCCUCUCGCUGCACAGCGGCUGACGGGCCCGUGGAUGAGUUCUGUCUGCCGUUUGAGGAGGAGGCCGGUCUUCAUCCGUCUCUGGAGGACAUGCAGGACGUCGUUGUGCACAAGAAACUACGGCCGAUAUUCAGAGAACACUGGCUGAAACACACGGGUCUGGCGAUGCUCUGUGAGACCGUGGAGGAGUGCUGGGACCACGAGGCCGAGGCGCGUCUGUCUGCGGGGUGCGUGGAGGAGCGCAUCCUCUCAAUGCACCGCAUCACCAACCUCAUCGCCCCCGACGACAUCCUCUCCGUCGUCACCAUGGUUACCAACCUGGACUUCCCCCCUAAAGAAUCCAGCCUAUGAUGCUGUUCUCUCGGCCAAUCAGAGCGCAGCGUGUGCGAGAGCAAACCGGACUCGAGCAAAACGAGCGCGGGAAUAAUUCAACGACUUACACACGAGGAACUCACGAGAUCAAACACACACCGGACGUCUCCGUCUGCACCAAAACCUCUUUUAUGCAUAAACGAAAGCCUUUUGUGUUUUCUAUGAACAGCAGCUCUUAUGAUUUUAGCAUCAAUAUAGGGUGAAACUCUGGAGUCGUUUGCCGUUUGUUUUCAGCGAAUCAUUACAGUCAUGCCGAUACGGGACACGGAUUCUUGAGGAAUUAUGCUGAAAUAACCAUGAACCUCCCUUAAACAGGUAUACCUCAUCUUGAUUUCUCGUGCUUUUUCCUGAACAGCUGCUACGGAGGCGAGACGAGUCGCUGUAACACGCUUGUGUUUCUGCCUUUCGCUUCUCUGCUUCAUUUCAUGGCAGCCGUCACGGCUCUUUCUGAAGGAGUCGUAUCAUGAGGAAUCGACGCUCGCUCCACUGAAUCACAGAAACCAGGGGCCAAUAUUAACUCUGCCAAUGGUGGAGGAAUUCGGACAGUUUACCGCUCAUGCAACUCUAAUUUUACAACAGUUUAGUAACACAUAUGCAAAAUGAGCCUCCAUAUUCAUCGAACUGCACCUGAUGCAUUGUGUUUGUUCAUAAUUAUCUUUUAGUGGAUAUAUAUGAGAAAUAAUCCAGCAAUUUGAGUGAUGGAGAGUUCAUUUGACUCGUUUCUGAUGUGAGCUAGAUUAACAUCAGUGGAUUAAUAUCUAUUUCAUGUUGAGAAACUUGGGCCACUGAGUCACGAUGUCAAACUAGGGAAGCUUUAAAAAAAAAUGUACAAGGUAAUUGCAACUUUUUAUCUCAUGAUACAGAUUCACUUUUUUUAAAUCCUGAGUUUAUAUCUUGCAGUUCAGACUGUUUAUUUUGAUAUUCACAUUUUGCAUGAUAAAAACUGAUAAUUCUGCAUGAGUAAAAUCUAUCAAUAUAUUUAACCAUUUUUUUUUUUUUUUUUUUACAUUUUGCAUUUUUUUUUUUCACCAUAAAUUCCACAAUAAAAAAUAAAAAGCCAUAGCAACUUUGUUCUUGCAUUUGCAACUUUACAUUAGAGUUCUGAAAGAAAAAGUAUUAGUAUUAUAACUCACCCGCUGUAAAUUGCAAGAAAAAAAGUCAGAAUUAUCAGUUUAUAUCUCGCAAUUCUGUCAAACAAAAAAAAAAAAAAAGGCAAAAUUGCAAGAAAAAGGUUGCAAUUAUCUAAAUUGAGUUUUUAAUCCCGUGGCUGAAAUAAGCUUCCAAAUCAAACAAUCUGAACACCAGCAGAAAUAAUGAAAGUAAAGUUUGAGGAAUGACAUUAUUAUCAGUCUGUCUCAAUGUGAUGCAUUUUUACAGAGACUCUUGUUGCAGGAUGGAGCCGUUAAAAACUAAAAUUGGACAAUUAUAUACUCAUUUCGCAUCAAAUCCACUGCUUAACAUUAGAAGUUGACGUUUGAAGCGAAGGCUCCUUUACUGACAGUGUUUGCACACAGCUCUAUCUUUCAGUCUCCUCCUCUCUGUCUGAAGCACUACAGCAGUAUUCAGGGACUUACAGCAAUUAUGCAACCAACACGCAGCAGCGAUCGCAACUGUAGCAUACAGAGUCUCAACCACUUCUAUUUAUUUCAUUAAUAAUGUGACAAACUCUCAGUACUGUGAAGACAAACCCUGGUUAUUAUUUUGCCUGAAUGUGUUUGACGACAAACCGAGUGUGUUGGGUGAGGAGUACGUUUGUAAAAGACAUUUCAGAUCAAUCUGUAGUUCCCCCGAACACACACAUGUACAGCAAACGAAUAAUGUAAAUAUGAUUGUUGGUUUUAAAUUAUUAGACUAGCAUGAUGUUGCUCUGUUCUUUUCGGUGUCACUAAUCAAAAACAGUGCUUUAUAAAGAAAUUAUUCCAGAAGAUUGUACUGCGGGGUAUUUUAUAUUUGAUACUUUUUCUUGUCUUAAUGUCUGCAGGCUCAAACUCACUGAAUUAUGCAUGUGAUUCUCUUUUUUUAAAUAUAAAGACAUUUUUGUUAUACUAAUUUUCCAUGAAUGAAUGAUGAUAAACUUAUUCACAAACUUUUAAAUCAUCA